AUGCACCGAGAUGGAGGAGGGCACGCGGCGCCAAGAAGCAGCGAAGAUCAUGUAGACCUUGCAGAUACCGGCCUCUUGCGUCUUCACCGCGAGAAGAGUGCACCCGGAACAGAUGAACAUGUCAAAUGGCAGCACAGUAUCAACCUUUCAAGCAUCGAACACUGCAUGCCCCGAUCGUACAUUCGGAUCUGCCUUGCGUACCGACUGCCCAGCAGGGAUAUGCUCUUGGAAAUUCAAAUCAAGCUGAACAACUUCGUGAGAAAGACGGUCGAUGCCAAGCCGUACUUGAGUGGAUUUGUGGUUGCGGUAAAAGAGCCCAACAAGCAGGUCGGGGCCGUCAAGAUCAAGUUUUCAGACCAGGACUUUCUUGAGUAUCCAAUGGUCAAAAUUCGCCAUCUCAGCCAACAAGAAGUCCCGUACACUUAUGACCAACUCAACGAGAUGGGCAUGCCUCCCAGUGUGCUUAAGCCAGAUCUGGUCUCGGCCUUGACUGAGUCAGCCGACGACGAGCGCGCCCCAGUGUUUCGAGUUCAGGCAAAUGUGGUGGAAGGGGGGCUUAUCGUCUCCAUUUACCUGCAUCAUUGCAUUUCUGACGGUACUGGGUUCGCCUUGCUCACUACAGGCAGUCUGCUCAACGACGACUUCACGUUCGAACGCCACUUGGACGGAAAGGGCCAUGGGAUGCCUAGUCUGUCAAGGAGACUGGACGCUUUUGCCCAUCACCAGAGCAUCGUCAGACAGGAGCUGUCGUAUAACUCACCAAACCAGAUCAACGAUCGACACCUCAAAUGCAAGGUGAUCAAGCCAGCAGGUGAACUCAAUGAAGGCAGCAAGGCUAAGGGUCGGGGCUGCAUCAUGUCCCUCUCUUUAGAGAAGCUGGCGGGACUGAAGUCAGCGCUCGAAGGUCAUACCGACGGCAAGUUCAUCACCCAGAAUGAUGCACUGUUGGCACUUCUCUGGCAUAGCAUGACAAAAGCUCGCAUUCCUUCACUUGCAUCAGGGCCAUCACUGGUCACUGAGUCAAAACUGCUUAUCCCAGUCAACAUCCGGAACAAGCUCAAGAAGCCACUGUCGGAGUCGUAUUUUGGUGCGGCUGUUGACUUCGCGUCGGCCAAGAUGCGGCUGUCGGAUCUGGCGCUAUUCAGCAAUGCUGCACUUGCGCUGUCGGCCAUGGUAAUUCGCGAAGCGAUCAACAAUGUGGAUGAACCCUACAUUCGACAGGCCAUUGCCCUUGCUCGAUAUGUUGAUCCUAAGGUCGACGUCCGGGACCUCCAAGCUAGUAACAUGGACCGGUCCACUGGAGCCGACAUGUAUGUCACGAGCUGGGAGAAGCUGAGAUGCUACGAUGCCACCUUCGAGAUGGGACUUGGACGGCCAGACUGGAUCCGGAAGCCGUGGUCCAAAGAUCCAGGAUCUUGCAUCGUGCUUCCUCGCGACGAUCAGAAACCAUAUCUCGAGGUGGUGAUUCAGAUGACUGAGGGUGAUAUGGCACGACUUCUGGACGACAAGGAUUUCAUGAGCCAUGUUUCGAGGGUGAUCGACUAA